AUGGGCGUCUUCUACCUCCGGCAGGACCGCCGACAUUUCUCCGUCAUCAUAAAGGACUUCCUGGCCGCCCGGUACGGCGGCGGCCCGCCGUUCGAGCUCCACAGCCGGGGUCCCCAUGGGUACGGGACGUGCACGUACUCCGCGUGCCAGAUGCGCAUGUGGUUCUACCGGAAGUUGGUCCUCUCGGACUCCCCGCGCCCCGGGACCUACGCCGCCAUGCUCAUCCUUGAACCCAAAAUCGGUGCCCCGGCCUUCGCCACGGCGGAGGACCCCGCGUGGCGGCUCGCGCGGUCUCCCGACGGCGUCGAGGACGCCAUAUUCCAGCCCGACGACGGCAAGUUCUGGUCCGUCUCCUACACCGGCGUGGUGGAGUCCUGGGAGCGCGACGCCGAUACCGGCAUGUACCAGAGCACGCCCGUCGCGCCGAUGCUGGCACUGCCUGCCAUUAACCCGUGCCCGCGCAAGUACCUCGUGGCGGCGCCGGGCGGGCGGCUGAUGGUGGUGCUCAAGUACUCCGAGGUGAACGAGGGACGGUACAGCCAGGACAGGCCGUGUCGGUGCUCCUUCAAGGUACACGUCCUCGGCGACGGCGGGCUGUGGGAGGAGACGACGGACAUUGGCGAGGCCGCGCUGUUCGUCGGGGUGUCCACGAGUGGCCGCCCGGAGAUCAUGGCCAACUGCGUCUACUACGCUGACGACGACCUCGGGAAGGCGACCGUGUACAAGCGUUCGCGGGGCGUCGGGGUGUACAACCUGAAUCACGGAGCCAUGACGUGCCUCGAGCUAGGGCCGCACGACGGCAGCAGCUCCUGGCCACCGCCAGCAUGGAUGACGCCCUCCAUCCCAUGA